AUGACUGUCCUGGUUGUGGAUUUUAUCAACGAUGCUGCUUCAAGAGCGGUCAGAACCCAGACCCAACUUCAAGAGGAUCGUGCGAAUGUGGGGUUGACGACUACCCACAAGGAUCCUGUUUCUAAGCCGUGCUUUAUUUUGAACAUUGUCAAGGACUAUGAAGUUAUGGUGACAAUCAAGUGUGUGGUUGUGAGCGUAUUAGAUGGUGCCUACGACCGGGCGGAAGGGGGGUUUCGAUAA